CGUUCCAGAUCCAAAGAUAAACAAGGCGCCCAGAGAAAGAGUGAGAAAGAGAGAAGAAGGAUGAUGGGGAGAAUGUUCUUGUGCUUGUUGCUGGCCCUCUCAGCCAGCAUAGAGAUAAGUGAUGCUUUGGGAGGCCGAGGUCCAGCAACAAGGCAGGGAGAUGCCCUUAACAAGCUCUAUUUCGACGCGUUCAACUUAAAGAGAAAAGCAGUUGCUGCAAGUGAUUCUUCUUAUGCCGCCACUCUUUUCUCCGAUCUGUCGUCGAAAACUUAUCCCCAGCAGGGGUUGAAGGAGAGUGACAAGAUCACCAAGUUGCCUGGCCAGCCUCAAGGUGUAGAUUUUGAUCAGUAUGGAGGCUACGUCACCGUCGACAAGGAAGCUGGUAGAGCCCUAUUCUACUACUUGGCCGAGGCUGCAUCUGCUAAUUCUUCUUCCAGACCACUGGUUCUCUGGCUCAAUGGAGGACCGGGUUGCUCAUCUCUCGGAAUUGGAGCGAUGGAAGAGCUAGGACCCUUUCGCGUCACGAGCGACGGCAAGACGCUCUUCAAAAAUCCAUAUGCAUGGAAUACAG